AUGAUGGAGACAGUGCUGGGCAUCUUCCAAAAGGGCAAGACAAUGGCUGAGGCAUUCAACAAGUUUGGAGUGGAUCGCAACACAAUUUCACAAACCUCUGAAAUUGCCGAGUUGGCAAUUGCUGCUCCAGAAAAGUGGCAUCACGUCUCCACCAGCAUAAUCACUCAUCAUCAUCUCCACCUGCCACUGAUUACCUCCAAAUUCAGCUCCCAUAUAUACACCCUCUUCCCGUUCAUUUCCCGCUGGUUCGUCACACAUGUCUACACUCACCUGCUCUCCGACCUGCUUCCUGACACACUACCUGACUCUUUGGCUCUGCAUUUGCCAGUUCUCCAUAUCCUUGCAAUUCUAGUUCUCUGCUCCUGCUCUCCAUUCCUGGCUGUGCACUCGCCAGUUUUCCAUUCUCCAGCUCUGCACUCCCAGGUUGUCAGCACCUACUCAUGCAGGACGAGAGUGAACAGGUGGCCACUGGCGCUGUUCCACAACACCCUGGAUGUCUCCCUCUUCAACUCCUACAUCCUGUGGACAGUGAUCCAGCCAUGCUGGAAUCAAAACAAGUCCUACCAGAGGAAGCUCUUUAUUGAGCAGGUGGGAGAGACAUUGGUGAGGGCCCACAUCCUGCAGAGAGAGCGCCUUCCCCGCACACCAGGUGCUGCAGGUGUCAUGGCAGAUUUGUGGGGUCCCGCUGCAGGCCCCUCAAAAACAAAGGGCAGAAAGCAAUGUUUCUUCUGCAAAGAAAAAAAGCAGGCUGGCAACAUUUGUUGCAAAUGUAAAAAAUAUCUGUGCAAGGACCACUGUCUGACUAUUUUCAGCCACUGCUGUGCCUGAGCUGAAAAGAGAGACAGUCUUUCACAUUCAGUGUUCAUAAUUCUGUGUUCAUGUUUGUAAAAUAAUUGCUCUCCUGGUUCAAACUUAUCUUGAAUUUGAAUUUUUUAUUUAUUUUUAGAACACAACAGGGUAAUAAUACAGCUGUUUUUGGAUGUUUUUUUGUAAGUGUGCACUGCAAAAAAAAAGAAAAAAAUCAUCAAAAUCUAUGUUGCUGCCAAUCAUUGACCCAUCUCAGGGCCUACUGGUUGAAAUGCAUUUUUAUGGGAAAAAUAUCAGUUUUUGUUUUUUUUCCCAUAAAAAAAC